AGGCGGACUGAGGGCGUGAACGAAAGAGGAAGGGAGAACGGGAAAGCCACCAGAGCGCGGGACAGCACAGAGAGAGAAAGCCCUGUCAAUUGAAUUGAAAGAGAUAGGCCUGUCCAUCCAGAUUUCUCCAUCUCUAACCCACUCCUCAAUCUCACUUUUUCACGACUUUCGGGUCUGUCCGAUUGGUUAUCGAGGGUUUAUUCUCGUUAACGUGAUCCAUACCUGCCCCGAGGUUUUUUUCCAGCUCCGAACCAUUCCGCCAUUCACCAGUGAUGACCAAGAAACGACCGACCGAAACGGGGCUACGGGUGUUACACCAGCAGGCUGUGGCUUCACCGGGCAACAUGGCUUGCCUUGCUCGUUUCUCACCGGAUUGUGCUGAAAUAGAAUGCAGCUAAUUUGGGUUAAACACAGAGUGAAGAGAUGUCGGUACCGUUGUUGAAGAUCGGUGUGGUGCUGAGCACUAUGGCGAUGAUCACUAACUGGAUGUCGCAGACGCUGCCCUCCUUGGUGGGGCUCAACACCACCAAGAUCACCGCGGAGAGGGCAGGCUACCCGGACAGGAGCACCGGAGUGUUGCCAGCGAACCCAGAGGAGUCGUGGCAGGUGUACAGUUCAGCCCAGGACAGUGAGGGGAGGUGUGUGUGCACCGUGGUGGCACCGCAGCAGUCCAUGUGUUCACGAGAUGCCCGCACCAAACAGUUGAGGCAACUGCUCGAGAAGGUCCAGAACAUGACCCAGUCCAUCCAGGUGCUGGACCAGCGGACACAGAGAGACCUGCAGUACGUGGAGAAGAUGGAGGUGCAGCUGAGAGGUCUGGAGACCAAGUUCAGACAGGUGGAGGAGAACCACAAGCAGAACACUGCCAAGCAAUACAAGGCCAUAAAAGCGAAAAUGGAGGAGCUUAGGCCGUUGAUACCAGUGUUGGAGGAGUACAAGGCCGAUGCCAAAUUGGUAUUGCAGUUUAAGGAAGAGGUCCAGAACCUGACGUCAGUUCUAAGCGAGCUCCAGGAGGAGAUGGGAGCCUAUGACUACGAGGAACUCCACACCAGAGUGUCAAAUCUUGAGGAGAGACUCCGAGCAUGCAUGCAAAAAUUAGCAUGUGGGAAGUUGACGGGCAUCAGCGAUCCUGUCACCAUCAAGACGUCUGGAUCCAGGUUCGGAUCCUGGAUGACUGACCCUGCAGCACCGGAGGGAGAUACACGGGUGUGGUACAUGGAUGGUUACCACAACAACCGCUUUGUGCGGGAGUACAAGUCCAUGGCGGACUUCAUGACGACGGACAACUUCACGUCUCACCGCCUCCCCCACCCAUGGUCCGGUACAGGUCAGGUGGUCUACAACGGCUCCAUCUACUUCAACAAGUUCCAGAGCCACGUCAUCAUCAAGUUCGACUUCAAAACUUCCACCAUCAGCAAGUCCCGGCAGCUGGACAACGCCGGCUACAACAACAUGUAUCACUACGCCUGGGGCGGCCACUCCGACAUCGACCUCAUGGUGGACGAGGGCGGGCUGUGGGCCGUCUACGCCACCAAUCAGAACGCAGGGAACAUCGUGAUCAGCAAGCUGAAUCCCAGCACACUGCAGAUCAUCAAGAGCUGGACCACCAACCACCCCAAGAGGAGCGCCGGCGAAGCCUUCAUGAUCUGCGGUACUCUCUAUGUUACCAAUGGUUACUCUGGAGGGACCAAGGUGUACUACGCCUACAGCACUAACUCCUCCACGUACGAGUACAUAGACAUCGCCUUCCAGAACAAGUACUCCCAUAUCUCCAUGCUUGACUACAACCCUCGGGACCGUGCGCUCUACGCUUGGAACAACGGACACCAGGUUCUGUACAACGUCACACUGUUCCACGUCAUCAGCUCACAGGAACUGUAACCACAGAGGCAGGAGUAUAUACAAUAUAAUAUAUACACACAAUAGAAAGAGAGAGAUCAUUCUAUAUAUGAACAUAUAUCUAUGGGAGACUUUAUGGAAAGAGUAUCAUAUAUAGUAUAUUGUAAAACUGUACUACGAGAGAUUAGAUUAAACGUGACUGGAACUGCAACGUAGAUGAAUGUGCACUAUCUAUUGGAAUUAAAAAGAUAACCGUUUGCUAAGAAGGAAAGAAACAUGAUACAUCUAGAGAUCAAAAUUAUAUAUUGGACUGAAAAGAACAGAUGCCAAAUAAACAUCACGCCUUUUUGAAUCAUGAAUAGUAACUAUCGUAGAAGAUUGUCUUGGUGGCUCUGUGUCUGUCUCCGGAUGGACUGUACCUCCUUCCUCCUUCCUGGACUUAUCUCAGGGUCAGGGAGGUCCGAGCAAUGGACUAUGGGAUUGGUUAUUAACUGUUUGCCAACCAGGACCCCCUGGCCCCUCAGACACAGAGGGAGAACCUCGACCCUCGAACAGAUAAGGUGAAAACGGAGGAGGACCUGGUCAAACGGUUAGAACUAGGACAUUAUUUGGAGAACUGUGGGAAGAUAUUAUGUCCAGAAGACCACUGAGCCUAUGACCACAGUCUGUCACACACACUUUUAUCCAUUCAGUAGCAAAUAAAGAAGUCUGUAAACAAGUAAACAGCAACAACGUCAACAUCCAUAAGAAGACCUGGGCCUGUAUUCACCAAGAGUCUCAGAGUAGGAGUGCUGAUCUAGGAUCAGGUCCCCUCUCUUAGUCGCUCUGGAUAAGAGCGUCUGCUAAAUGACUUAAAUGUAAUGUAAAUGUUAUGCGCUAUGUUUGAAGGGCAAAUCUGAUCCGAAAUCAGCACUCACUUUUUGAAUACAGUCCCUGAAAGCACUGACUGUUGGGGCGAACUGUUGUAUUGUACAAGAAGAAGGCCGGGAUUCAAUCAGAGCCGCGUAGUAACGCACUUGACAUUCAAAGGUAAAUUGAUUGAGCCGACAUCUGCAGCGUUUCCAUAGACGCAAUCUCCGCGAACUUUGCCUCUAAAAGCCGAAUUGUCGACUGCACUAAGACGCGCCUAUCGGAUUGAAUCCCCCGGUUGAAGACUUUCCUGUGUUUGUGACUCCGUGUGAAACAGCCUUGAUUUGCAUGAGUGUUUUUUUUUACCAUUCCCGUCUGCUACCUUCUGAACGUCGUUGUGCUGUAUUAUGCUGUACCUAUUGCAGAAGGGGAUGGGGUAAAGGGUUAGUGUAGGUACCUUUGGGACUUCAGGGGAGGGGAGUUACAAAGCUGUUUGCUUUUUCACUUGUUGUUUAUAGAAUGUUUUUUUUCUUCCAAUCAGAUCAUUUUUUUUGGGGGGGGGGGGUAAUGUUCUUGUAUCACCCCCCUAACUGUUGGCACCGGCUUUGCUUCUCUGUUAGUUGGGACAUGCGUGGGGGAACCCUAGCUCAUAUGCAGUUGAUAUAUUUCAGAAGAUAAGAAAAGAAUAGAAUGUAUCACGUAAUAUAUCCAGGAGACCUGGGCUCAGUCCUAUGGCUUCAACCUAACCAUCAUCAGCCUACUGUUUGAAGUAUCCCUCUUAGUCGAGGGUAAUGAUGUUAAAUGUAUAUCUCCCCUCCCACCAACCAACAAAAGAAUAAUGCUGUUUAAAUGUAAAUCCCAUCGCAGAGGACAAUGGCUUUUCACUCUGUUUGCGCUUUUGCUGGACGUGUGUUGUACCUGAGAUGAGAUAGUUAAUGGUUUGUGUCAAUAAACAGAGAAUCUUUGUUCCGAGCUGAUGCCUCA